AUGGCGGCGAACGUGCAGCAGGAGGCCGAGGAGGAGAUCGCGGCCUACAAGGAGCUCCAGGGCCACAUCAACACGCUCAUGCAGUCGCGGGGCCGCUUCCUGCAGCAAAAGUCGGAGAACGAGAUGGUCAGGGGCGAGCUCGAGAUCGGCAAAGACGACGCGGCCGUGUACAAGCUCGUCGGCCCCGUGCUCUUCAAGCAGGAGAUGGACGACGUCAAGGAGAACGUCGUCAAGCGCCUCGAGUUCAUCAACGGCGAGAUCGAGAAGGUCGACGCCCAGGUCAAGGCCAAGCAGGAGGAGCAGGAGAAGCUCGGCGAGGCCAUCAUGAAGAAGCAGUCCGAC